AUGGUCCUGUUGAAUGAUGCCGCCAGAAAGGACAAGGAGGUCGGCUAUAAAGUAACUGCUAGUUUGGACGUGCAGGCCGUAUGGGGCGUUGACACCGACUUCCUUUUAAAAUUUGUACUACAUUCUCCAAAACUACUUGCCAAAGGAAAACUUGUGAAUGCAGAUUAUCUCCCUAUCAAAUCUUUUUGGGAUGGCUAUUAUAAUAGUAUAUUUUAUGCACAUUGGAAGAAUGGCCUCAUUGAAGAAGCAUAUUUGAACCUGGAAGAUAUCCCUGAUGUAUUGAAUUACCAAAAAUCUCUGAUAAGUUUGUUUCAGCUUCAAGUAAUUGAUGGCGAGCACAAUGAGACAGAUGUAUCGGGAGUAUGUGACAUUUUCUAUGAUUCAAUUUCAAUGAGAGUCAUUAGAAAAACUAAGAGACGGUGCCAUGUUCCUGAGGAAGAAAAUGAAGGUUCCUCUAGCGAGAUAGUGUCAUCUAAGAGACUCACACGCUACACCUUCAGUGAAACGUUGGAUGUGCUAGAAGAAAUACAUGGUGAAGAAGUACAUACUGCAGGUUAUCAAAACAUGGAUGCUGCUAUAAAAGCUCGUGUUUGGCUACGAUUGAAACAUGAGGGCACCCCUUCCACAACAACCACUGUCUACACAAAACUUGAUUCUGCACUUGCAGAACUACCAGCUAACUUCAAGCAAGUUUCUCUACCAAUGACAUUGCCCAAUGAGCCGUUAAAUGAUGAAGUUGUAAGUAUU